GUUUUUCAUCUCACACGCAGUGAGUAACGUUCUCUCUCAUCGUCACUGUGUUUCUGGAAAAGGAGAUGUGCUUUCAGCUGCAGGUAUAUCGUUUGGGUACAUUGAAAGGAGAUGUGUUUUCAGCCGCAGGUGCUCAAAACCCCAGCAAUAAGUGACAUAUAAUCUAUCAAAUAUGUUAUUUGUGUGAUUCAUUGAAUAAUUCAAUAAUGUUUGUUAGCGAUCACUGUUUGUCUGGAAUUCCAUUUCCAUCAUCAGUUUGCCGGUGGGAUUUGAGGCGAAAAUUGAAUUCUUUUGAUGUAUAUGAUUUUUCCUCACGAGUUAUGGUCGCUGAUGUUUGAGUAAUCCAGUUAAUAUUACAUAAAUUAUAUUUAUUGGGUACUUUGGGUAUCGGUGUGAAUAUUACGAAAUUUGUAGCCCCCUUCUUAAAUCUGAUUAUGGGCAAAGGAGAUCGAUGAUAUGCUUAUUUUCUUGUUUGAGGAACAUCAUUGUCAUUACUAUUGCUGUUUAUUAUUGUGCUGAUUAACCUUUUCAAUCUGUUAUUAGUAUUGACGUUAAUGUGGCACUGAAGCCUGGACAUGGAGAAAAUGAAUAAGAAUAAGGUGCUUGUAUUUUUGGAUGUCUCGGUUGAUGGGGAUCCUUUCGAGAGGAUGAUUUUCGAGCUCUUCACUGAUGUGGCUCCGAAGACUGCUGAAAACUUUCGUGCGCUUUGUACUGUUCACGCGUACUAUUACCAUAAACGCGAGAAAAAGGCGUCAGCCUUAAAACUGGGAAGCGAUUACACUAUAAAGGGACCUUUUUUCACCGUAUUGUCAAAGGACAAGCUGCUGAGGCUGGGGACUUGCUUAGGCGAAAUGGUGAAUAUGGAGAAAGUAUAUACGGCGGGAAAUUUCCAGAUUGAAGCUUGGCGCAUACGACAGAACUGUUUCCAAAUAGCACAAAAUAUUAAUGUUGGGGCUGAGUUUGAUCUUAUUCUCGCUGUGUUGGAGCUUCAGUUCACAUGGUCUCUGGCCUCUAAUGAGUCUCCAAACUUGAGUCAUGAUGCAGCUGGUUUGUUGUCUAUGGCAAUUGCUGAUCGUGAUGAAAGGGGCUCAUUGUUUGUUGUCACCUUUAAGGCUGAUCAUCGUCUUGAUAGGAAAAGAGUUGUCUUUGGUAAACUUGUGGAUGGGUAUGAAGUGUUGAAGAAGAUCGAAGAUGCCGGAGAUGAGAUGGGGAAACCUGUUGUGACAGUGAAAAUAGUCAAUUCUGGAGAAUUACAUGAUGAUAAAAAGAGGGAGAAUAACUUGAAAAUGGGGAAGAAUGCUAUAGAGCAAAAUAAUCACGCUGUAAAACGCAAGGGGAAGCACAAGAAAUCUUCAAGGAAAACGAGGAAAAGAAGAAGAUAUUAUACCUCUGAAUCAGAUAGUUCGUCAGAUACUGAUAUUGAUUCAUCUGAUUCAGACACAGAUUCUGAAUCUGAUGCUUCCUCUUUAAGUGACACCAGUUCUUCUAGUGAUGAUCGUCGUAAGAGACGGAAGAGAUCCAAGAGGGACAGGCAUAGGCGUGCAAGAAAGAAGGAUAGGCAACGUGAGAAAAGACGAAGGAGGCGGGACAAGAAGAAAAAGAAAUCUAAAAGGGAUAUUGCCUCAGACAGCGAGAGCGAUAAUAAUUCUGGAAGUAGCUCUCAAGAUGAUGUUGCAGUUGGGCAUAAACGCUCUGGUACGUCAAACAGGGAGGACUGUGAGUUUGCAAAUGAAAAUGGGCACCAUCAAACUAAUAAUAAGGGAGUUGGAAUGAAGCUUGACAGGAGUGCCAAUAUGCAUCCUGAUAUAGUAGAUGAUCCUGCUAGUAAAUCUAGGAGGCAGAGCUUAAGUCCAAGAAGAACCAAGAGCCAGAGUAUGAGCAUUAGCCCAAUGCCUGCCACUAGAAGAAGCCCAGAUGUUACACCAAAACACAACAGGACCCAAAGCCCGAGUCCAAGCCGAAGCCCGCGGCCCGUCUCCCGAAGCAGGAGCAUUACCCCCGCCAGAAGUGAGAGCAGCAGAAGCCCGGUAAGAAGCACUAGGGAAAGAAGUGGCAGCAUGAGCCCUGCUGAUAAUAGAAGUGCCACAUAUUCCCCUCCUGUAAGAAGAGUCUCCAAGAGCCCACCAAGGGCCUUGUCGAAGAGAUCAUCUCCAAGCAGGAGCCCAAUAAGGCCGGCCCGUAAAAGUGUUAGCCGGAGCUCUGGCAGGGCCCCGCCCAGGAGAAGCCCAAGCCCGGCGGGCAGGGGGCCUAGAAGGGCUUACCGCUCGCGGAGCCCCGUGAGGUCGCCCGUUUCUGAUCGUGGUAGGAGCCCAUCGGUUGAUGGGUCCCCCAAACGCGUCAGGAGAGGGAGGGGAUUUAGUGACCGCUACGCGUAUGUUAGGCGUUACAGGAGCCGGAGCCGUUCUCCCGAUCGUUCGCCUGUGAGGUCUUACCGUUAUGGUGGUAGAGGUGAUCGUGACCGAUACUCUAGUUACAGAAGGUCGCCUAGACGUUACAGGAGUCCACCUCGAGGAAGAACUCCUCCAAGAUACAGGGGCAGCAGGCGUAGCAGGACCCGAAGCCCAAGCCCAUCGCGCAGCCCAAUCCGUUACCGUCGCCGCCGCUACAGCAGAAGCCCGAGCCCAGCCAGGAGCCGAUCCCCCGUGGAAAGGAACCGCGGCUCUCCGCGCACCCUCAGGCGAAGGUCGCCUUCUCGGAGCCCCUCUGGAUCGCCUCAAUCUCUCAGGGGCCCAGCCCGUUCAAGAUCGCCUUCCUAUGUUGGCCCGGCCCGUAAAAGCCGUUCGAGGUCUCCAUCUUAUGUUGGGCCGACCAACAAAAGCCGUUCGAGGUCACCAUCCUAUAAUAGUCCGCCCCCACGUAACAGGACAAACUUGGUCUCAUAUGGAGACGGGUCGCUUGAUUCGGGCCGGGAUUGAAAGAUGGAUUGGGCUUUUGUUUUUUUUGUUUUUUAAAUGGACCUACGGUUGUUUGUGGACUUGGAUUUCGAGUCGGGUUUGAUGUAUUUUUUUGUUUGUGGAGUGUUGGUGUAGUGUAACGUGGGCCAUGUGGACUUGAUGUGGAGUUUCAACUUUCAUGGGCUACUUAUUACUUUGUGUUUGAGCAUUGAUAUCGACUUAGAUGUAUUUGAUUGGUACUCGGAUCAAUUUGGACUUUGCUUUGAAGACGAUGCCUACGUUUGAACGUUGUCUUUGUCUUAUUUUCGUACUCGAAGCGGAAUAUUUUUGAGUCUUUUUUAUGGUUAUUUUUUCAAUUUGUGUUGAUCCAUUGUGUAGUGAAUUUCGAU